AUUGGAAUGUCGAUAGGAGGGGCUAUUGUCCCACAUCGGCGGACAGAUGUUACAAUGAGCAGGGUGUCGGUGUCCACCGAUGUGGAGCGCAAUCCGAGGCUCAUGACAGGGGCAAAUGAACCCAAUUACGUUAUUUUGUGAUGAGUGACUGCAACGGACAGAAAUAAUACCACGUUUUCACGUGUUUUAUUUGGACACAUCUGUCCGCAUUUGGCGUCGUGCAGGGUCCGUCUCACGAAGUGGAGCGAAGAGUUGACAACAGCCGGGAAAACAGGCUAGAGGAGACACUGGAAUAUCCAGCGCCAGGGAGGGAGAAAGCGGAAACCGGGCUGGAUGUAACCGGAUUUACCCUCCCCAGCGGUUCGCCAUGGGGGAGACCAAAAUUAUCUAUCAUCUGGACGACCAGGAAACUCCCUACCUGGUCAAGUUGCCCAUCGCUGCCGACAGGGUUACUCUUGCCGACUUCAAAAAUGCCCUCAAUAAACCCAACUAUACAUUUUUCUUUAAAUCUAUGGACGAUGAUUUCGGGGUGGUGAAGGAGGAGAUCUCAGACGACAAUGCCAAACUUCCCUGUUUCAACGGCCGGGUCGUGUCAUGGUUGGUGUCAGCAGAUGGUUCUCAUGGGGGUUCCGAUGGGGGUUCUGUGUGUGCAGAUAGCCAGGCAGAGCUGCCACCUCCUUUGGAGAGGACCGGUGGCAUCGGAGACUCAAGACCCCCCUCUUUUCAUGCGAACGCUGCCGGCAUUCAGGACAAUGAGACAGAGACUGAGUCAGUCGUGUUGCUAGAGAGAGAGAGGGAGCGGGAGAGAGACCGGGGCAGGGAGAGGGAGAGGCCGCGAAGGAAAGAGAAAGACACUCAUGACCAUGGUGGCAGGCUGAAUGGUCACACGCGUCCAGAGCGGGAGACGCGGCGACCGGAGCUGGCGGGGUACGAGAGCUCAUCCACGCUGAUGAGUUCUGAGCUGGAGACAACAAGCUUUUUCAACUCUGAAGACGAUGAUGCAUCUAGUCGGUUCAGUGGCUCCACGGAGCAGAGCACUUCGUCGAGGCUCAUGAGACGACAUCGGCGGCGGCGGCGGAAACCCAAAGCUCCACGGAUGGAGAGGGUAAGACACACACACACACACAGACCACACAGAUGCCAGUUUGCUUUGUGUUCAGUGGUCCUUGUGCAUGUCCUCACCUCUAUCUCUUUCAGUCAUUCCUCUACUCCUCCCUCUCCUCCUGUCCAGUCGUCCUCUUUCAGCAGCGUCACAGAUUCCACCAUGUCACUGAACAUCAUCACUGUCACUUUAAAUAUGGAGAAGUAUAACUUCCUGGGCAUCAGUAUUGUAGGUCAGAGUAACGAGAAAGGAGAUGGAGGAAUCUACAUUGGCUCUAUCAUGAAGGGAGGGGCGGUGGCCGCCGACGGACGCAUCGAGCCUGGAGACAUGCUGUUGCAGGUGAACGACAUUAACUUUGAAAACAUGAGCAAUGAUGAUGCAGUCAGAGUCCUGAGGGAGAUUGUCCAUAAACCAGGCCCUAUUACUCUGACUGUGGCUAAGUGCUGGGAUCCUAACCCCCGAGGAUGCUUCACACUGCCGAGAAGUGAGCCGAUCCGUCCCAUAGACCCUGCUGCCUGGGUGUCCCACACCGCAGCAAUGACGGGGGCGUACCCAGUGUAUGGUAUGAGCCCUUCUUUGACCACCAUCACCUCCACCAGCUCCUCCAUCACAAGCUCCAUCCCUGAGAUUGAGCGGCUCGAUGACUUUCAUUUAUCCAUUCACAGCGACAUGGCAGCAAUUGCCAAAGCGAUGGCCAAUCCAGAGUCUGGCCUGGAGGUGCGAGACAGGAUGUGGCUCAAGAUCACAAUCCCCUCCGCCUUCAUAGGCUCGGACGUGGUGGACUGGCUCUACCAUCACAUAGAGGGCUUCACUGACCGCCGUGAGGCCAGGAAGUACGCCAGCAACCUGCUGAAGGCCGGCUACAUCCGGCACACCGUCAACAAGAUCACCUUCUCUGAGCAGUGCUACUACAUCUUCGGAGACCUCUGUGGCAAUAUGGCUAACCUCUCACUGGGAGACCACGAUUGGUCGAGUGGGGCGUCCGACCAAGACACCCUUGCUCCCCUGCCCCGCCCUGGGGCUGCCCCCUGGCCCCUGGCUUUCCCUUACCAGUACCCCAUCCCACAGCCCUACAACCCACACCCUCUGCACGAGCCUCCCCAAAGCCAACCUGGAAGGGGGGGGAGUGCAGGCAGCCAGCACAGCGAAGAGAGUCGUAGCAGCGGGUCCAACUGCAGUGGCAGUAAGAAGGAAGAGGCUGCUGGGGGGGCAGGCGGUGGUGCUGGUGGUGGCGAGUCCAAGUCCACAGGCCACACAGGGAGUGGCAGCGAAUCAGAGCUGAGGAAGGAAAAUGCCCCCAGUGAUCGCUCAGUGGCGGUGCCCCCUAACGAGCACAGCAUGCACAGCCUGAUCAGCUUGGCCCACAGUGUCCACAGCACCCAUUCCCACAGCGGUAGCCUGGUGUACGGACCCCCCGGCCUGCCAGCCCAGCCGCCGCCCUCCCUCCCCAUCACGGCCCCCCCUGGGUCGCCCCCGGGCCGAGACCUAGCCUCCGUGCCCCCUGAACUCACCGCCUCACGACAAUCAUUCCGCAUGGCCAUGGGCAACCCCAGUGAGUUCUUCGUUGAUGUCAUGUGAUGUGUUAUCCAGAGGGCUGAUCCUCACUGCAGGUGUUCUGGAGGGUGGUGGAGUAGGAGGAAAGGAGGUAGAGGCUAAGAGAAAGACCGGUGGUGCUGAGAGGGAUAUGGUUGUAACUGCAUAGCUCUCCUUCUGUCUGUCUGUCGCCAGUGUUGUGGCGCCUGUACUUUCUUCAGUGAAGAAAAUCAGUGUGGAUGCAGCUCUCUCUCCUCUUGAUCCCCAUUAAAUAGACAAUUUUGUUCAUAUGUUCUUUUCCACAUCAGUUUGAGUGUGUGUGCCUGUGUGUGUAUAUGAGUGAGUGAAUAUGUUGUUGGAAUUGAAUGUUUUCUUUUUGUCAUUUUCUCCCUUUUCCUCUACAUGUGUCCCAUUCAACUGUGUUCAAAUCUCUGUGGACCCUCCAUUGCAAACCCUCUUUAAAAAUCAACACAGUCCAUACUAGAUGGGAGAAGGCUCAGAAAGAGAGAGAGCGAUAGAGAGAGACUGUGGACCAUAGAGAUCCUAUUAAAUUACUGUUCUGAAUUUUUUUUAUUAUAAUUCCUAAUUUUAUACUGUGGACAGGGUUGAGUUUCUCCACAAAAGUUAUAUGUAGACAGGGAGAGAGAUGGAGAAGGUUAGAGAGCAUAGAUGAAAAGGUAUUAAGAGGGAGUAAAUUACUUCUCAUUGCUUUACACUCAGUAGCAGUCAUGUUAAUUGUGAUCAUAAUCUCAGAUAACGCUCUAACCAAUCAGUGCAAUUAAUACUGGAAGAUGAAGAGUAUACGAGCUGAACCUUGCACCAAUAUAUUACACGACACCAGGGUUGGAGUCAAUUCCUUUUCAAUUCUGAAAGUAAACUGAAAUCAAAGCUCCUCUGAGGAAAAAAUGGGAAUGGGAAUUUCAAUUUACUUCCUGACUUGACCCCAUCACCCCAACCCUGCAUGACACAGGGGCAUUUUGUGACAUCCAGCAUUUUAGUAAAGGAAAUUUGAGAAGCAUGUUGCCCCAAUCUCUUUCCAUCUCUUUCUCCAUAUCUCUCUUGGUACAUUGCGAUAUGUUAUUGUCUUUUUCAUCAUCAACAUCCAUUUCGAGCCCUAUUCUUACAUGCUGACUAGACCAGGCACACGCAUGCGUGCGCCAUCGUACGCAUGUUGAUUUUGUCCCCCCACACCAGAUGCGAUCAGGACACGCAGGUUGAAAUAUCAAAACAAACUCUGACCAAACUAUAUUAAUUUGGGGACAGGUCGAAAUACAUAAUAAGUUGAUGGCCAUUUAGCUAGCUAGCCUUCUGUUGCUAGCUAAUUUGUCCUGAGAUAUAAACAUUGGGUUAUUUUAACUGAAAUAUACAAUGUCCUUUUUCCUGGAUCUUUGUAGAAUUUUGACCCAUUUUGAGUCACAAAAUCAUGUGUUCUCAAGUAAUCCACAGAUGAAAGGGGAAUCCUAGUUAGUUUCUAGUAAUUAUUUUUAUUAUUAUUUUUUUUUUAUCUUGAUCACUCCUCCUUCAGUCUUCUUCUUCUGUGGACUUUAUAUGGCGAAACUUUAAGGUGCAUACCACCACCAACUGGACUGGAGUGUGGAUCUCAGUUCAUCUUUCAAUCACCCACGUGGGUAUAUGCAACUAAAAACCAAUGAGGAGAUGGGAGAGACGGGACUAGCAGCACAUCACGCUUCAAAAAUAGAACUAAUGCCUCGUGUCAAAAUAUAACACCUAGGUCACACCAACACUGUCUUUGCAUUUUGGUCCACCAGAAGUACAUUAUGAGUUGGCCUUGCAGCAUUGCAUUGCCAAGGCAGUCGCAGUGCAUUCUGUGUGGUGCAUAUGUUGGAUUUAUAUAACAUAUGCAUCAAACUAUGCAUAGACGGCUUGACAGAAAUGGUAGCAGAAGAUGAAUGUUUAACUUUUGUUGCAUACAUAACCAGGAUAGUAACACUUGCUUAUGGAAAUUGGAUAAUUUAAGGGGAAUUUUAUUUAGCUAAAACUUACAUUUUGGGAGAAAUUCAAUGGCACCAACCUUUUAAAAAACAAGAUUCCUAUCCUGAAUUUGGAUGUAAUUCAUGAUCCAUGCAUUUGGCACUGAAUAAAGCCAAUUUAUCAUCUGA